AUCCAGCAGUGUAGCUCUGUGUGGAAAAAGUGCCAUUAUUGUUUUGUUUACCUUUUCCGACAAAGAGACAACGAAAGCCUACAAGUGUUUCGUGAUUUUGUUGCAAAGAUUUCCGCAAUGGGAUUGUGCUCUUCGUGUUUUCGUGGAUCUACUGAGGAAUUGCUUACACCCGAUGUAGAGGUACGACGUCAGCAGCAGCGUGAAGCGGCGGAACGGCGACGAAUAGAGCAGGAAUCGCGUGGCAUCAAGGAUAUGGAUAAAGUUCGCCGCCAGCAGCAACGAGCGAUGGAGCAAGAACGCCGUGAGCAAGAGGCCAGUCGUAUGGGAGGACAACCUACCUUGAAGUGGCAACAAGAUUAAACACUUUCUGGAACGUUAAUCCUAUGAGAUUGGAAAUUGAACAAAAAGAACCAAUUUUAAAUUUUCUGCCUGUUGUUAUCCUGUGUGUGUGCGUAUCAGUACCGUGUAUUUAUGUUUUGUACUUUAAUAAACGAUAAAAAGUGAA